AACGGACAACAUACGCCACACCUCGCUUUCUCUAACAUGGCCUCACGAUCAUUGUGGCGAACCCGGACCAAGCUCGCGGUGGUCGCCACUGCGUUCUGUGGCGGUGCUGCCACAGUUGCGGUUGCUACCUCCGAAGAUCCAGCAAAUUCUCUUAAACUCUGCACCGCUGUUCCCCUCCGCCUUCUUCGAGACUCCGUAACGGCUGCCUCCAUCGCCUUUGAUUAUGAGUACUCUCUAUGGGGAUUGCCUGAAGGAAGUAGUGAGAGGCAGCGGAUUAAACAUGAAGUUCACCUCAGGUCUGCGCGCAAGCUUCAAGAACUCUGUUUCAGAAAUGGAGGGAUAUAUAUUAAGCUCGGUCAACAUAUCGGGCAGUUGGAAUAUUUAGUACCUGAAGAGUAUGUCAGGACAAUGAGGGAGUCUAUGUUGAAUAAGUGUCCAGUUUCUUCAUAUGAACAAGUAUGUGAAGUUUUCAAGAAGGAGCUCGGCGAGACACCUGAUAAAGUAUUUAAUGAAUUUGACCCUGUUCCAAUAGCAAGUGCUUCUCUUGCACAAGUUCAUGUUGCUCAUACACAUGAUGGCCAGAAAGUUGCUGUGAAGGUUCAACACACUCACAUGACAGAUACUGCAGCUGCAGAUCAUGCAACUGUGGAACUGAUUGUAAACACUCUGCAUUGGUUUUUCCCGUCUUUUGAUUACAGAUGGUUGGUGGAUGAAAUGCGAGAAAGUUUACCCAAGGAACUAGAUUUUUUGACUGAGGCCAAGAACAGUGAGAAAUGUUUGGAGAAUUUCAGGAAGCUAUCUCCUCACAUUGCAGAUUAUGUAUAUGCACCACAGGUGCAUUGGAAUUUAAGUACUUCGAGGCUGCUAACUAUGGAAUUCAUGGAUGGUGCACAAGUUAAUGAUGUGAAGACAAUUCAAAAACUUGGAAUUCAACCUCAGGAAGUUGCAAAAUUGGUUAGUCAAGCCUUUGCAGAGAUGAUGUUUAAGCAUGGUUUUGUUCAUUGUGAUCCCCAUGCUGCAAACAUAAUAAUUCGCCCAUUGCCUUCUAGUAAAUGGAACAUUUUUGCCAAGAGAAAACCACAGCUGGUACUUCUGGAUCAUGGUCUUUAUAAGGAACUUGACUUCUCCACCAAGUUCAACUAUGCCAAACUUUGGAGGGCAUUGAUCUUUUCUGAUGCUAAAGCAAUAAAGGAAACUAGUGUGAAAUUGGGUGCUGGGGAGGAUCUGUAUGCUUUAUUUGCAGGGAUUCUAACCAUGCGGCCGUGGAACAGGGUCAUUGACCCUGCUGUUGAUCAUUUGGUCAUAAAGGGCUCUGAUAGUGACCGUUCAGAAUUACAGAUGUAUGCAUCUCAGUAUUUUCCUCAAAUAUCAGAGCUUCUCAGGAGACUUCCGCGUGUUAUUUUGUUGAUGCUCAAGACAAAUGAUUGCUUAAGGGCAGUCAAUAAUGCUCUGUUACAGGGUUCGUCCCUGGAGACAUUCCUAAUCAUCGGUAAAGUUUCAUCUGAGGCAGUUAUAGAGGCAAAGCGGCUGCAGAGUAAAUCCUUGUUACAUCGGCUAAAUAUCUGGUUGGAGGAGAUUUUGGUAGAAGCUCGACUUCUUGGAAUGCAGUUAGCCUUGUGGCUUCUACAACUCAGGAAAACAUUAGCGUGGUCAACCUAAUAAAAUGAAUAAAUUCUUUCUCAAACACAGUUUUUCUCUUCCCAUUCCUUUCCAUCACAUAUUUGGCAUCAAUAUUCUUUGUUUCCGUCGAUCAGAACUAGUCUCUCCUGCAUUUGGGUUAGAGCAUGGCGGAUUGAAGAUUGAUUUUGUAUCAAGAUAUAGCAACAAACAAACAAGUCAAGGUAAUUUGUUAUUUUUAGUUUCACAAAAACAUUCGGCUCCAAGGGACUUCCAAUAAUGUUCUACUCUUGGGGUUGUUAUUUAAGACCGAACAAACAGUUGUUUUUCUCAAUAAUAAACAGAAGGUGGAAUUUUUUGGAUAUAUACAAGCUCUCAUUUGUGAUGGUAGGGUUGUUGGUGGCCUGUAUGUUUGUUUUUCUCAGCCGCCAUAGUGGUUGCUCUAGUCAAUCUUCCUCUAUACUCUUUUAGAUGGUGUUCAUCAGGAUUAAAUUCUGAAUGUACUCUCAGAUUUGUAGUCCGUAAACCUCAACUGGUACCACCUAGUCCUAGAACUGUUUAAGAGUUAAACAGAAUAAUAGGGACCCAUGUAC